ACUGAAGAAUAAGUGCUAAAGCCCUUGCAUGUGCUACAGGCUCCGUCCCCACCGGGUGCCCGUCUAGACUCCAAGUGUUUCGGGAGAAUUAAGGGACCUUAAAUCUCCUUGAGCAGGAGUGUUUGAGAUGGUAUUAAAAUUCUUGCAAAAACUGAAAGUGAAAUGAGGAAGGCAGAUUGAGCAAUCCAUGGAAAGGCGAACGCCAGUGCUGCGGCUGCACGGUUGGUGGUGGCAGAGAUGCAGAGGGGCCGUGAGAAGAGAAUCGAGGAGAACUCUCCUGAGGGGCAGAGCCGGGUCCUGCGAUGUAGUCAGUGCAGGGCACACACAGAUAACAGGAAAUGAUCCAGCAUCCCCCGUGGCCACUGUCUCUGCAGGCCCCAACCUUCCAAGUUCAAGUACCGAAAUGGAUGACUCCACGGAAAGGGAGCAGUCCCGCCUUCCCUCUCGCCUCAAGCAGGGAGAAGAAAUGAAACUGGAGGAGUGUGUUCCCCUCCUCCCGCAGCAGGAAAGCCCCUCUGUCUGCCUCUCCAGAGAUGGCAAGCUGCUGGCCGUGGCCUUGCUGCUGGCCCUGCUGUCCUGCAGCCUCUCGGUGGUGUCUCUCUACCGGGUGGCCGCCCUGCAGGCGGAUCUGCUGAGCCUCCGGGCAGCAGUGCAGGGCCACCAGGCGGAGCAGCUGCCUGAGCUCCCUGGGUCAGGAGCAGCAGCCCCCAAGGCCACCCUGGGGGAAGCUCCAGCUGUCACCGCGGGACUGAAAGGCAUCUUUGCACCAGCAGCUCCAGGAGAGAGCAACUCCAGUUGGAGCAGCAGGAAGAAGCGUGCCGUUGAGGGUGUGGAAGAGACAGUCAUUCAAGACUGCUUACAGCUGAUUGCAGACAGUGACACACCGAUUAUACGAAAAGGAUCUUACACAUUUGUUCCAUGGCUUCUCAGCUUUAAAAGAGGAAGAGCCCUAGAAGAAAAAGAGAAUAAAAUAGUGGUCAAAGAAACCGGGUACUUCUUCAUAUACGGUCAGGUCUUGUACACCGACAGCACCUUUGCCAUGGGGCACCUGAUUCAGAGGAAGAAGGUCCACGUCUUCGGGGACGAACUGAGUCUGGUGACUUUGUUCCGUUGCAUUCAAAACAUGCCGGAGACGCUACCCAACAAUUCCUGCUAUUCAGCUGGCAUUGCAAAGCUGGAGGAGGGGGACGAACUUCAACUUGCAAUACCACGAGAAAAUGCACAGAUAUCGCGAGAUGGAGAUGGCACUUUCUUCGGUGCACUGAAGCUGUUGUGACCUGCUCUCCUCUCUUUCUCUUAACCUCCACCGGGAAAACACUUAGCGAAAGGAACAAGCAGUAGUCACGGUAGCCUGCCCUGCGAGCUAUUUGUUUUGGUUUGCUGAAACUAGUCCAAAACAGGAAAUUUAACAGACAACCACAGCCAGAGACUGUCAUGUGAA